CGCGCGGCUGGUUAGGCUUUCGCGCUGGUUAGAAUUUCGCGCACGCAUUUGGUUACCAAUAUCGCCCUCCGGGCGCGACCUUCAUACAAUUAACGAUGCCCUUCCGGAUCUUGUACUUCAAUUUAAGUAAGCUACGAGUGCAGAAAAAAUGGCACUGACUCGAGUGGAAAAUGUUAUCUCAGGUUCAUUACACCUGUGCACCCAGGGUCGGUGUCGCCGCAAGCGCGUUGGCACAGAACCCGAAGUCAUAUGUGAAGGUGGACACAUCACAUACGUCUCGCAUUGCGGCCACGAUACGCAUGGUGAGAGAGUGGCAGCACCGCUGUAGAAAAGAUAGACACAGACGCGCACGUAGUUUUGUGGAAGCAAGAAUAAACUGCGAGGACGUCGACGCUUGCGACGUGAGUAGUAAGUCUACUGAAUCUCCUGUUUGGCAGAGGCUCUGCCACAAGUCGAGCGAGGAUUUGGAUGUACCCUAG